AUGAUCGAUCACAUCAACCUUCAGGGCGUCAUCUAUCCAGAUGAUCCUGAAUCUACGCGGCGCCUCUUGGACGUCAUCCAAGUCGGUCUUGGCAGGCCAGGUGAUGUAUCAACAAAGGCUGCCGCGCUAGCUGAUGACAUUCGAACACUGGGCGCUGCGCGAAGGGCCAUGGGUGAGGCCUCGGAUUUCAUCGAAGAGCUCUGUGGGAUAACGGUGUGUGUUGCCUUUUUUCUUCCUCCGGGUCACCCGUGGCAGGACACUUUUGUUCAGACGAUGCAGAAUGUGCAACAGACUGACGGAGAUUAUGAGUCUAACGAAGAUUAUGAGUCUAACAGAGAUUAUGAGCAAGAGUCUGACGAAGGUUAUGCAUCUGACGAAGAUGAUGAGCAACUUGACGAGGUCGAAUACCUGGACUGGAAAUACUUACCCGAGAUGGGCAUCUUCAUGCGGGACUCCUGGUUUGAUCCCACUACUCUCGACGACUGGAUACCUGAAGAGGUGUCCCGCUGGGAGAAUCUCAACUCCUUCUUUGCCCGGUUCAAGACCGAUACAUUUGAACGUUGGGUCACAUUCCCAAUCUGGCAGCUGAGAGACGCCCUGGAAGAGAAGCUUGACAAGGGCCCAAUCCUUAACAGCAGAUUGUGGAUUGCGACAGAGUGGAUUCUAUUCUACGGAGAAUUUAUCUUCGAGGACCAGGCGUCUGAGGAGAAACUCAAUGAAAACAGAGCUAGAGCCUUGCAGGGAGGAUCCCUUUGCUCGGGUAUCGCACCUCUGAGCUUGGGGAGGUUGUCAUUUUGGAAGAAACGCCUUCUCGAGAUGUUGGGUGAAAGGGAGGCUUUGGGACUCUCUGAUGACAUGGCUGAGAGGGUGGCCAAGUCGGCAGAGAUGAUUGGCGAGUUUGAGAGCAGACAGUCGCAGUAA